GACCCGAACUCUCCGAGUCCUUGUCUGAUCCAUAGACACAUUACUGUUCCUUUGUUGUAAAAGACCUAAACGUCGUCGUUCGGCUGGUUAUGUCUGUCUACGUAAAAGCAAACCUAUAAAUACUUACACCAAAACUCUUGCAUACAACGUAAACCGCUGCUUAUUUAGUCCCAAUUUCAACCAGAUUGAUUAUGUGUAAGUCCUUGUUUUGAUUGAGAUGGAUGAAAAGCAAUGUUCAUUAGGCCAGUUGUUGAAUCCAAUGCAGCAGGAGCAAAUAGAUUAUGAUCAAGUCGAAUGGAUGAAUGAUAUGGUUUUGGAUACAAGGCCACAGGUGCACUCGAAUGUUGAUGCUUUCGAGGAGGAGUAUAGGAACCUUGAGUGCUUACCUCCUGGCCGACUGAAGGACUUGCUCCUGCAAGAAAUAUUGGCUCCUAAACUUCCUCAGCAUCAACCAAGUUUAUCCUGGGGACACCCCCCUAAUUCUUUUUACUUUAAUAGGUCAAGCAAUCGUGUAGAAUACCAACAAGCUUCCAGCAAUGAAUUUCAGAAUUGCACACCCAGCAUGAGAGAUUCUGCCAUGUCUGAAGGAAAUAGCUGGGGAGUGUCCUCACCAAAUACUGCCUGUGAUAGGAAACUUUUGGGUAAUGUUGCUAGUAAAGUGAAGGCUUCUUAUGGACAUAUUUCAGCAAUUCCUGCAAGUUCUAACAUAGAUUAUUAUUUUGAAAUCGAACAAUUUGAAGAUGGAUCACAUUUUGGCAUGAGUAAUUCACAGCAGAUCUUGAAGCCUUUACCAGAAAAUGAUUUCCAACUGCACAUCUGUAAUAGGGGUUUCCCAAAGAAUAACCAAAAUCUCGCUCAUGUAAAUUUUUCACCAAUGUUGAGGGGAAAAACAAGCCCAUCUGAUAUGAAUAUGAUGGUCCCACAAUUCUCAUGGAACAUGUCGGAAGCCUGUAAUGACUUUAGUAGAGUAGAAUAUAAUACACCCUUUACAAGUCAUGCAGGCAGUACAGAUCAGCUUCUGGUAACUGGUUUCCAACAAAGUGAUCGUUGUGUUCAGCAGUCUUAUCUGCAGGUUGAUGAGAAUUUACAUCCUCAAUCACAUUUGUUUUCAGUAAAACAUGAUGGAAAUUUUAAUCAGAGUUCAGAGAGACAGAUUUAUAAGCUUCCGGAGCUUCCUGAACAAAUUAAUGCGAGUCAACAAUAUUAUUCAGAAGUUUCUGUUAGUGAUCUUGGUCCACUAAGUGCUGCUAAACUAACAAAUUCAUGUUCUUCAGAUUUGCAAACUAUCCUCCUUUCAUAUAUUACGUACAAGAGCAAGCUGGGAAACACAAUUAACCAAGUCCCCUUUCUGAAGCAUAUUCAUAUGACAAAUUGCAGUAGCCAUCAGUGUAACUGUUACCAGUAUUCUGUUCUGGUCUCCCACUAUGAUAAUUGUCUUUAUUCCGGUUGUAGCAUAUGUGCACCAGUGCGUGGAAUUUUUGCUACUGGUAAACUUUAUAUGGACUCAGGAAAGCGGAAAAGUCAAUAUCCAGGAACUUCAUAUAAUAGAGAAGUUAAUGGCACCUGUAGUGAUCCCAUUGUUGAUUGUCUGCCUCGUCUUAAACGUCACAAAAUGGAAGUUCCAUUUUACGACUUAGCUACUCCUGCAAUGAAUCAACCCUGUCCUCAUGAUCGAGUUUUGCAUGUGGAGCAGCACCAAGAGGCUGCUUUAUGUCGUAGCAAAAAUGUCACGGAGAAUGUACUGAGACCAACAGAAGACCAAACACGUGACGUUUCAGACAGAUGUCAUGCAGUCGAUCAUGCUUGUUGUGGGGAUGUUUAUAACACUUCCCAACUCGAACAGCUACCUGAUCGACUUCCACAAUUAGAGCAAUGGGACGAAGCUGUUUUACAUACUAAUAAUGUGACAGAGGUGAGCAAGGAUCAGUUAAACCUUGAGGGCCAAACAACUGAGAGUUUAAACAUAUGUGAUGGCACGGAUAGCCUUCCUGUGGAUCUUCCCAGUACUCUCAUUCUCCUUGAAAAGCUCAUCAGUAGGACCGAAUAUGGAGAUAUAGAUGAUACUUGCAGUAGUGAAAUAACGAAUGAUACUGUAGAUACAUUUCAAGGACUGAUUUAUAAUAGUUUGCCUGAUAGUUCAGAGGUUUCUACUAGGGAAAAUGAAAAAGAAGAUAUGGAAUUCAGGUACUUGGGCCUGCCUGUCCUUGAAGACAAGUCUAGUUUACUUGCAUCAGCAUCUGAUUGUAAGGAUGUAUUGAAAUUGAAACAGCUGAAGAUACAAGGGGUGUCUUGGGCUGAUUAUUUCUCGGUUGGGGAAAUGAAGGAACAUUUACUUAGUCUCCGUUGGAUGAGUCAGGAUAUAGGAGAUGACAUGAAAAUUUCUUAUGGAGAAAAUAUAUGCCAGUUGUGUGCAACGGAUAGUCUGGAGUUUGCACCAGCACAGUUGUAUUGUUCAUCUUGUGGAAUCCUCAUCAAGCGUAACCUGGUAUUUUAUAAGGAAACUGGGGAAACAGGCAUGCAGCAUUGUUUCUGUACUACAUGCUACAGAAGCUCGGUUGGAGGUAUUAUCUCAUUUCAUGGGGGCCACAUCCUCAAGAAUAAGCUGCAGAAGGAAAAGAAUAAUGAGAAAAUUGAAGAAUCGUGGGUACUGUGUGAUAAAUGUCAACGUUGGCAGCAUCAAAUAUGUGCCCUGUACAAUGAUAAAAGUGAUCCAGGUGGAGAAGCAGAGUAUGUAUGUCCACGGUGCUGGUUAGAAGAAGUUGAAACAGGAAAACGUGAGCCCUUACCAAGAACUGUUGGGUUUAGGGCAAAAGAUCUUCCAUGUACCAUGCUUAGUGAUCACAUUGAAAAAAGACUUUUUAAUCGUCUCAAGGAAGAGAGAGAAGAGUGGGCAAAAGACUCGAAAAAAGAACUUAAUGAGUACCAAGUACCGGGAGAAGCAGACCUGACUGUUAGAGUAGUGUUAUCAGUUGACAAGAUGUUGGAAGUGAAGCAGCAAUUCUUGGAUAUCGUUAAGGGUAGUGACUAUCCAUCACAAUUCUUGUACAGAUCGAAGGUGAUACUUUUGUUUCAGAGAUUAGAAGGGGUGGAUGUUUGCCUCUUUGCAAUGUAUGUUCAGGAGUAUGGAUCAGAAUGUGGUAAACCAAACCAACGUUGCAUGUACAUUUCGUAUCUUGAUUCUGUCAAGUACUUGAGACCUGAGCAGAAAACUACAAAGGGGGAAGCUCUUCGCACAUUAGUGUACCAUGAGAUACUGAUUGGUUACCUUGACUAUUGCAAGAAACGGGGCUUUUCAACAUGCUAUAUCUGGGCUUGCCCACCUCUUAAGGGGGAAGAUUUUAUACUUAAUUGCCAUCCAGAGAAUCAGAGAACACCAACUGUAGAUAAAUUGCGGAACUGGUACAGUUCAAUGCUUAAAAGAGCAGCCAAAGAGAGUGUUGUGGUGGAUUACACAAAGUUCUAUGACUUCUUCUUCCUUAACUCUGAGGUAACUUUGUCUCGGUUGCCAUAUUUUGAUGGAGACUAUUGGUCUAAUGCUGCUGGGUCAAUAAUUAAAGACUUUGAAGAACAAAGUGGAGGAGGAUUAAAUAGGAAGGUGAAAAAGCAAGUAACAAAGAGAACUUUGAAAGCCAUGGGACACAACACUCUAUCUAGUGAUGCAACCAAAGCUCUAUUGGUGAUGCAGAAACUGGGGCAUGAUAUAUUACCUGCAAAGGAUGAUUUUCUUAUUGUCCAUUUGCAAUAUUUUUGCAAAUGCUGCCAUAAUGUACUAUUAUCUGGAGUUCAUUGGGUUUGCAACAAAUGCACAAAUGUUCACAUUUGCUCGAGAUGUGUUGAUGCUGAACACAAUCACAGUGAAGAGAAGGUGCACACGUUAGAUAAUGGUGAAGAACAUGUACUCUGUAAGGUGGUUAUAGAUGACAUGCCUUCUAAUACUGAGGACAAUGAUAUCAUUAUAGACAAUAAUCUCUUCAGCGAUAGACAUGUGUUCUUGAACUUCUGUCAAAGCAACCAUUAUCAAUUUGAUACACUCAGGCGUGCCAAGCAUUCAUCACUGAUGAUAUUAUAUCAUCUUCACAAUUUGCUUUACCCCGCUAAGGAUCCAUGUAAAUAAAUUUUGUUUAGUUUUGGAGAAUAGUCUUGGUUUAUAAAAUAUGUAGAAAUCUAGUUGUGUACAGUAUCCUGUUUUAUAAAAUAUAAAGCUCAAUUGGUA